AGAAGAAGCGGCACAAAAGGGAAAACAAUAAUGCAGGCGAGGCGUCGUUUUUCUUUUGAUUGGAAAACCACGAAUCCGGAGUAGAAAACGUGCAACGUGUAAAAGUGGAGCACAUGCAGCUGGUCUUAUCAGCUUAAAAUAUAUUUCAAAAAUGGCCACAACUUUUGCAGGCUCAAAGUUCUCCAAACAUGUUCUAGUCGAAGAAGAAGAAGAGGAAGAGGAAGACGAGGAGGAGGAUUCUGCCGAGUCUGGAUCCACAUCCUCAUUCAGUUUGCAGGAGUGUAUCGAUGAGUUUCGGGCACGUCGCAUCCGCAGAGUCUCAACCCAAAGUCGCGACUGCGAAAACAACAACAAUAAUAAUAACAACAACAACACCAACAUGCCCCGGCAGCAGCCCCGAACUCGGAGGACCACAGAUGCGGACCUAAUCAACCAGAAUCGAUGCAACAAGGAGCAAGAGCGCAAAGGAAAACCCUGCCAGAAUGGCUUUUGCUACUGCUUCACCAGCGACAGCGGAGAUUGCGGCUCCACAGCGCCGCCACGUGACCAGCACGUGCGUUUGCCACGGCGCAGCAGGCGGUCCGAGAACUAUAAGCCCGCCAAGCAGAACAAUCUGGGCAGCCAGGGGCAGCAGGCGGGGAAAGGUCGUCACAGCGAACCGGCCAACAUAAAAUCCAGCUUCAAAACUCCACUAACCGCUGUCAGUCGCUUAAGUGCCGUGCGCGGUGACGAUGAACCGCUUAUACACAUCAUCCAGGAGCUGCACGCAAACUGUGUGGUUUCUGAGGUACGCGUAAAUCGCCAAAAACUUCCAGUCUCGGGCUCCAGUUCCAGUUGCCGACAUAGAAGCUCGCAUACAGUAAAAAGUGCCACUAAAAUGCAGUCAUACGAACCUAUUGCUUACAAGCCGUCAGCUCCAGUUUUGUCCAAUAUCAGCGAGCAGGAAUCAGCUAUUGAGGAAGAACAGGAGAAGGAAGUGCUGGCCACAGAGCCUUCUAGUCGCAGGAGCUCGCGUUCCCGCCGCAGUUCAGGAGCAGGUGGACGUCUUCUACAAAAGCGUCUAUCGCAGGGGCUAGUCAGCUUCAAGGCACGUGAUUCCCAACAACCGCCGCCAAAGCCUCCGCGUCGCAGCUCCCAAAGUCUGGACGGCAAGCUCUCGCAAUCUUCGCUCACCUCCACAAAUCCUUCGGUGCGGGAGGCGGAGCGAGUGCUGGACGAAUUCCUGCGCAAGCGUGGAGUUCAGGUGCCCGUUAGUAAACUAGACUUCUCUCGCAAGAAGGACAGCCAGCGCAGAUCCUAUCCCAUGGCUGAGGUAGAGAAGCCGAAGAGCCACAAGCAUCUGCCAAAUUGCCCCUCACUCAGCGAUAUCGAGCGAGUGGUGGAGUCGAAGCGGGGCUCGAAUUACGCUCGGAAUAUCAGACAGGAGAGUAGUCGGAAAGGUGCACCCUCUAAGGAGAUUAUUAUUGGAUGGAGAGAGCCCAAAAUCAACGACAUGCUAAACUACGAGGGAAAGUCAGCCAGCGACUUUAAAACCCAAGCUCCUUCGGCGGAACCGCAAGUGGCUGUUGGAUGGCAAAUGCCCAAAGUACAACCACAGCCUGUGGUUCCAAAAGUAUCGUUAGACACUGUAGAUGGAAGUAUGAGCGAGAACCUUGCCUCGAAUAUGGUGCAUAAGGAUACGCCCAUAAAGUAUCCGAGAGGAAUUAAAUCAGCAGGCGCUCAGGCUAGCCAGAAGUUCAUUUGGGGCGAACAGUGGCGAAAUCUUUCUCCCUGGAAGGGUAACAAGUCCAAAAGCCUUGGAAAAAAGUCAAAGAAUUUCCUGAAUAACUCUAAAAAGAAGAUUCUCCGCUUUGUGUCGCCAAAGAAAUCGAAUCAAGAGGAGUACCAGAGGGAGGAGCAGAUCAACACUACUCCGAAACAAUGUACUGUUGGCGUGCAAACCUCUACUUCGCAACUGGAUCUGCACUCCCAAUCUCCGCCGGGCAGCUACCAUUCGCCUAUGCAGACCACUCCAUCGGCAACAACCACAUCAACCCGCCAACAAUUGGAUAGGGAGCAGCCCUACUUUGAUUUCGAGCGUAAGGUGGAGGCUCCGACGCCUCCCAAGAAGCUGCCACGUGCCAACAGAGCUCGCAAGCUGGAUUUUCAAACGGAACCGCCACCAACUACGUAUCGUUCCUACCAGAAGGAUCUCGAUCAAGAUGUGACCAUCACCAAAAUGGGCUAUCUGUUGAGUAGCAUUCGAGCCAAGUUGGAGGCAAGUGAUGAGCGGGCACAAAGAACCUUUCGGGACUGCUCUCGGUUUGAUCCGCUUGAGCACAGUCAGUUACAAACCGAGAGCUUUGACUGCACAGACGGACCCAGCAGUCUGAUAACCACAUCUGUGGCCACUACACGUCUUAAUCGUGAUCUUGACAGCGAACCGAUCUACUCGGAGAUCGAGGAGGACUGCAUGCAAAUUAGAGGGAGUCCACAUCAUGAGGUUAGGACCGCAGCGCAGAUCACUAAUCCUACUCCAACUCCAACGGAAAGCUCAACGGCUUAUGUUAGUGAAUCCAUGCCGGUUCCAUCACCAUCACCAGUAGAUAUCAGUGCCAUGUACGCCAGAGUACAGAAGACGCCAAAGAACUCCCCGCAAAUGAAGUCCUUGGUUGUCCAGCCACAGAUUAAUGCUCAAGUUGUCCAUCCGGAGAUAAUUUCUUCGAUUAUCCAGCCACAGAUAAUUGAUCAGAAUAGACAGCCUAAGAAGGUCAUGCAACCAACGCCACCUCAAUUAACCAACCAGGCUGCUCAACCCAUGCAACCCGUUGCCUUGGGUCACUUUCUACACGAAUCCCUGAAGAACGGCAACUUCUUUCAAUUCAUGCCUCUGCCAGAAGAACCAAGUGGUACUGAAACCUCUUGCUCGGCCAGCCAAACAACUGAAUCCUCUGUGCUCCGUCAGCCGAAGCUAAAGUCGCCGCCUCCACUUACCCACCAAUCUCUGAACAAUAUCAGCGAGCAGCACUCGCCGCCCAAGAAGAAUCGAAAUCUCUCCCGAUCGGAACUUUCACUGCAGCGCAGCGAGAUCUUCCUGGACAAUCUGUGCCGCAGUGAACUGGUGCUGGAUCGCCUGGAAAAGGUGCCGAAUACCGAUUUAAAUGUGGACUCCGUUUCGUAUGAUAUGCCGAAUGAAGGCGCCGAUGAUUUGUACGCGGAUUACAGUUUGGGUGGGGCUGGAAGUGCUGGUAGCUCCUUUGUGACUAAUGAUUAUGGCUCUGGACAAAUUGGUCCUCAGCCGGCGAAUCAGAGUACGCCAAAAAAGAAGCAGAGUCAGCGGUUCACAACCAAGCCUUCACGCAAUCUUACCAUCGAUAUCAACGAUGGCCCAACCACGCCGCUGCGUAAAUUCGGUCAGAAUCUCAGCUUCAGUUGCCCCACAACUCCCCAGCAAGCGGAGCAGCUGGAUGUAGUGGAUCCCUCUGGCUUCCACAACAGCAGCAGCUUGGGUGAGCUGAUGCAGACUGUGCCCAAUCCCAGCGAUAGCCAGCUGAUGUCGGUCAGCGCCUUGGCUCGCUACCGCCUGCUAAAGAAUGCUUUGCGUCGAUCGUAUCGCAAGGGAAAGGACUUCUUCCUGGCGGAGAAGCAGCGACUGACUCACAGUCUCAAUUUCUCAAGGGACCAGUCAAAUCAAACGGAAGGAGAGCUGGACAGCAGCACCUACUAUGCUAGUUUCAAUCUGGAUUCCCUGCUGAACGAGUCCUUAAGUCCCAACGAGCAGUUGGCUCAAGCUGUGAGCAUAUGUCGCCAGAUGCCGGAAUUGGAGAUCUCGGCAGAAAUGGUGGAGGCUGAGCGACUGUUGCUCUUCUCCAGCCUGCGAAAGUCAGCUCCUCUUGGUUGCCAAUUAAGUGAGGAUGCUUUGGCGACAAGGAGGCAAAGCCAAUGCCUUCUGAUCGAUGCCAUGGAACUGCCAGUUAGGGCAGAUGUAAACCAGGAUAUGUUCUUCAACUACCACUACAUCUGCACCUUUGAGUGCGCAGGACGCAUUCGCUCCACUCAAUCGGUGGAGUGCCAGAAUGGUACCGCAUUCUUUCGGGAAUGUGGUUUGGAGUUUUAUAGCGGUGAAAAGGCGGAAUCCUUGGAGCUGCGCUGCCAGAUCUUUAUGUUGCGCCUGCGCAAGGUUUCCACACUUGCUUUGGAGCCUUCCAAGACGCUGCGACGGGGCAGUGGUAACUUGGGUUCCGCCAACUCUAGUUCUUCAGCAGGAUCUGUAAGCGAACAGAUCAUCUCCCGCUUUCGCCUGCACGCAUCCUUCACGUUGCGAGCCAUGGACCUGGCACCCUUUCAACUGGUUGCCAGUGAAACUAGAUCCACCGACAAGAUUUGCUUGCGCAGCUCGCGAUCCUGGCAGUUGCCCUUGAGGGCACACACAAAAUCCACGAAUGUGGGACCGGCAAUAUCUAUUACUGGGAGAGUAGACCUACGACUGCCCAAAAACCGAUUCUCUGGCUUUUUAAAUGUUCAGGACCCAAAAAACAAACACCACUGGAAUCGAAGAUGGUGCAGUUUGGAUGGCGUACAGUUAUCCGUUUGGCAACAUGAAAAUAAUCUUGGGGAUGAGGCACCCAUUUUCUCAUUGGAGUUGCCAGGAUGCGGACAAUCCUCGAUAGCUGCAGCUCCACGGGAACUAUGUGCCCGCGCCAGAAGCUUUCUACUGCAAGGAAAAGAAUCUGAUUACGAAUCGGGAGUCUUCUUUGCAGCCGAUACUCAAGCGGAGCUUUUGGAAUGGCUAACACACUUAAAUAAGACUCUGGAAUUCGCCAGACACUGGCUUAGCUCCACAUGACAGCAGCUGCAUUCCCUCCGAAUUUUUUACUUCUAUAUGUGUUCAAGUUUUCUAUUUAUAUUUUGUAAUAUUUAAGUUAUGCCCAAA